GGAACCGGAACCCCCCUCUUCCAGUGGCUCUUCCCUCUCCGCGACCCGGCCCGGCGCCUGCGAGGAGCCCAGGGUGGGGGUGGGCGUGGGGCCCCAGGGCAGGAGGGGCACUUGGCCCUGCAGAGUGCAGCGCACAGGGCUGGUCCCCAAGAGGCUGCGGCCCCGGGGAGUGGGCGCUUGGGGCGGGGGUGGUCCCGCAGGUAGAGUCAGGUCAGAGUGGAUUGCCCACGAGGCCCAGAGGGUCCGAGCCAGGAGAGGAGCCUGCAGCCUCCACCACCCGCCCUUCGGGAAAUGUCAGAACCGAGCCAAGAGGCAGGUGCACCGCGAAAAUGUCUCUGAGUCCUGCUGGGCAGAAGAGAAACUGAGUCACCAGCUCAGGAGCUGUGGGGUCAGCCGGGCUGGAGGGGGCUGGGUCUGCCGGCGGUGCAGAGGGCUGGGUGGGUCUGCGUGAGCCGAGGUGGCCUCUGGCUGGGGAUCGUCCCUGCUGUGUCUGCACCCCUUGGCUCAGUUCCCCUCGGCUCCGUGACUCGCGCAUCUUCUGGCUGCAUGUUGUGGGUUUGGAGUUGUCCCUAGGCUUGGGGCCAUCUGAGAGUGUAGGGCCGGGGCCAAGAGGGAAAGGGAGGGGUCGCUGACUGGCAGCCUGGCUGCGGUGUGAGUAGCAUUCUAGCGUUGCUCGUGGUUUGGAGAGGCUUUCCCCAGCUGCCUUCACCCCAGUCCUGGGCCUUGGCCCUCCCGGGUCGCAUAGGGAGCAGCACUAACCAAAAAGCCAUGGGUCGUAAAUUCCACACCCGGCUCUCUCUGGUCGGGAAACCUUAGGAAGCCUUCCUUCCUCUAAUUACGCUUUUAGAAAAUUGGAACUCUAAUACUAUCCUCCCCCAUAAAGAUAGUAAUGAUGGCAGUCAUCUCUCCUGUGCUUACUUCGUGUCAAGCGCUGACAUGUUCCAUUCCAGCCGGAGCGGGUAGGGAUCGUUAGCUCUGUUCUGCGGAUGACAAGGCUGGGGCUCAGGAGCCCAUGUGUGAUCUUUCAGGAUCACAGCUGAGAGGUGGCUGAGCUGGGGUUUCAGCCCAAGUCUGACUCCAGAACCUGCGCCCUUAACCACCACACUAAGCAGCCCUUAGGGCACACUGCCCAGAGACAGAAAAAGGAGGAGGAAAAGCCUCGGCUCCCUGUGAUUAUCUGUCCUGGGCGGCAAAGCCUUGCCCUGACCCAGCCCACCAUCUGUUUGCCUCUUGUGCUGCUGCCCCUGGGCCCCGAGCUAAAGGGGGCACCCAAGAAGUGGGCUGUGGCCAUUCCAAGUCUGCUUUACACAGUGCUCGGGUGCUGGGCUCUGGAGUCGGCUCUCAGACAGUUGCCGUUUCCAUCCAUCUCCGCGGAGCUGGACCCCGGGGUGCGGGAGGCAGAGUCCAGACUCUGUAGUCCUAGCCUGCUGCUGGCGCCUUGAGAGUUGGGGCAGUUAGGAGCUGCGGCCGAGACUGGUCCAGCCAGUCCUUGGGGACGAGGACUGUACGGUGGGAAAAACAGUAGGCUGGGCGUCCUGGAACUCGUUCCACCUUCAGUUCCCUCAUCUGUUAGGAAGGCUAUUAAACCCGCUCACUAGGAAAGCUGCUGCCGCUCACCCCGUGUCUUCCGGCCGCUUCCCUCUUCGCUGCCCUUCCCCACCGGCUGUCCCUCUCCACCUCCUGGGGUCCAUCAUGAAUGGUACCCCUUCCCCAGAGGAUGGGGCCUCCCCCUCCCCCCCUCCCCUGCCUCCACCCCCUCCCCCGAGUUGGCGGGAGUUCUGUGAGUCCCACGCCAGGGCUGCUGCCCUGGAUUUUGCCCGCCGUUUUCGCCUCUACCUGGCCUCCCACCCCCAGUACGCGGGGCCUGGGGCUGAGGCCGCCUUCUCCCGCCGGUUUGCUGAGCUCUUCCUGCAGCACUUUGAAGCCGAGGUGGCCCGGGCCUCUGGCUCCAUCUCACCAUCCCUCCUGGCGCCCCUGAGUCCCGGUGUGGAGAUCCCGCCGCCUCACGACCUGUCCCUUGAGAGCUGCAGGGUGGGUGGGCCCCUGGCUGUGCUGGGCCCUUCUCGAUCGUCCGAGGACCUGGCCGGCCCCCUCCCUUCCUCAGUCUCUUCUUCGACGACCUCGAAGCCGAAGCUCAAGAAACGCUUCUCCCUCCGUUCAGUGGGUCGCUCUGUCCGAGGUUCAGUCCGUGGCAUCCUGCAGUGGCGGGGGGCUGUGGACCCUCCGUCCCCAGUUGGGCCCCUGGAGACCUCAUCCAGCCCCCCAGUCCUAGGUGGAAACAGCAACUCCAACUCCUCCGGUGGGGCUGGGACUAUUGGCAGGGGACUGGUUGGUGACGGCACGUCUCCUGGGGAGAGAUGGACUCACCGAUUCGAGCGGCUGAGACUAAGUCGGGGUGGGGGGGCCUUGAAGGAUGCAUCAGGGAUGGUGCAGAGGGAGGAGCUGCUGAGUUUUAUGGGGGCCGAAGAGGCUGCCCCUGACCCAGCUGGCGUGGGCCGGGGAGGAGGGGCAGCCGGGCUGGCCUCGGGGGGAGCAGGGCAGCCUCAGUGGCAGAAGUGUCGCUUACUUCUGCGAAGCGAAGGAGAAGGAGGAGGAGGAAGCCGCUUGGAGUUCUUUGUGCCACCCAAGGCGUCCCGGCCCCGACUCAGCAUUCCCUGCUCGACUAUCACAGACGUUCGGACGACCACGGCCCUGGAGAUGCCGGACCGGGAAAACACAUUUGUGGUUAAGGUGGAAGGCCCCUCGGAGUAUAUCCUGGAGACAGCUGACGCUGUCCAUGUGAAGGCCUGGGUGUCCGACAUCCAGGAAUGCCUGAGCCCAGGACCCUGCCCUGCCACCAGCCCUCGCCCCAUGACCCUGCCCCUGGCCCCUGGGACCUCCUUCCUCACUAAGGAGACUGCAGACGGCCUGGAGCCCCCCUGCCUGAACCACUCAGAGAGUGUGCCCAGCCAGGACCUGCUGCUGGGGCCUAGCGAGAGCAAUGACCGCCUGUCACAGGGGGCUUAUGGGGGCCUAUCAGACCGGCCCUCCGCGUCCAUCUCCCCCAGUUCGGCUUCCGUGGCUGCCUCCCAUUUUGACUCAAUGGAACUGCUUCCCCCAGAGCUGCCCCCCCGCAUUCCCAUUGAGGAGGGUCCCCCGGCAGGGACAGGUCAUCCCCUCUCAACCCCCUAUCCUCCUCUGGACACUCCGGAAACAGCCCCAGGGUCAUUCCUGUUCCAGGAGUCGGAGGGCGGGGAGGGGGAGCAGCCCCUCUCAGGGUACCCUUGGUUCCACGGGAUGCUGUCGCGACUGAAGGCCGCCCAGCUAGUGCUGGAAGGGGGCGCCAGCUCCCAUGGCGUGUUUCUGGUGCGGCAGAGCGAGACGAGGCGGGGCGAAUACGUCCUCACUUUCAAUUUCCAGGGCAAGGCCAAGCACCUGCGCUUGUCGCUGAACGAGGAGGGUCAGUGCCGGGUCCAGCACCUGUGGUUCCAGUCCAUUUUCGAUAUGCUCGAGCAUUUCCGGGUGCACCCCAUCCCUCUGGAGUCCGGAGGCUCCAGUGAUGUGGUCCUUGUCAGCUAUGUGCCCUCCCAGCGGCAGCAGGAAUCGAACACCUCCCAUGACCCACCCCAGCCCCCUGAGCCCCCUUCAUGGACAGAUCCCCCACAUCCUGGGGCAGAAGAGGCGUCGGGGGCGCCAGAAGUGGCGGCAGCCGCAGCCGCAGCAGCCAAAGAGAGGCAAGAGAAGGAGAAAGCGGGCAGUGGAGGGGUCCAGGAAGAGCUGGGCCCCGUGGCUGAGCUGGUCCCCGUGGUUGAAUUGGAAGAGGCCGUAGCGCCAGGCGCGGAGGCCCAGGGUGGUGCUGGCUCUGGUGGGGACGCCGGGGUGACCCCGAUGGUACAGCUCCAGCAGUUACCACUAGGGGGCAGCGGAGAAGAAGGGGGCCACCCCAGGGCCGUUAAUAACCAGUACUCCUUUGUGUGAGAUGCCCCCCACCCACCCUCGCACCCGCCCCUCGCUCCCCAGCCCGGGCUCCAGAGAUGGGGCCUCCCGAGGGACGCAGAGGAGAGGGGGAGCCCCCGCGCCCAUGCCUCCCGGCCCUUGACAGCCCGGGGCGCGUACAGUGCGUUGGUACGAGCAGCGGGUCCAGGGCCCUGCUGACUCCCUGACUCCUACACUACAGGUGCCCCUUCCUAGGCAGGGACUUGGGCUCCGUUACCUCCCUGAGGGGCCCUUGCAGCCAGCCCCACCGCGGGGCCGUUUCCCCCUACCCCGAACCACCCCCCGCCCGAGCAAGGCCGAGGGGGAAGGGCUGUCAGUUAUGUUAAGGUGGUUGUUGUUGUUGUUUUAAACAAAAAUGGAGCAUAAAUAAAUAAAGGGGUUUAUCUCA